AUGGCGCCGAAGAAGCUUACUGACUGUCCGGAAAAUCUCCGGGAGUCCAUCGACUGGUUAAUACAGGUUAAGCACGGCGGGGAUGAGAAAGGUCUUGAGCAUUUGGCCAAAGCUUUGCAAAAGUUGAUUGGUGAGGCUAUUAAGAAAGCUAAUACUAGCCUAUCAACUGAGCGAAAUAACCUCAAUUGUCUUGGGCAUCACUCCUUUGAUAACUCUCCUAAGUCCCACUGUCAGUCUCUUGAUGACCAGAUUGCUGAGGCCAAAAACUCCUUAAUUCCUGAAAACUCUAAAAUUCCUAAUCAUAACGAUGCUUUAAAUGCCCAGAUUAAGACUUGCGAAGCCAAGAAAAGGGAGUGCGAAAAAUAUCAUUCCCUUUCUGAGUCUGACAGGACUGCCCAACUUAAGGAUAUUGAGGAGCGGCAGCAUAAGCUUGCUGAGCUUAGUGGACAACUUGGGGAAUUUAUUGGCAAUACUGAAAGUGUUAGAGAGGCCACCAACAAUGCAAUUAUCGCUGUUAUUAACAAAAAUCCUGAGCUUAAAAAUGAGUACGCAUCUUUUGUUUCCCAGUCAUCUGAGUCUGUCAAGUGGUCUGUUGACAUUGAUGGUCUUAAAAAGGAAAUUCAGCUUGUUAAACAGCAAAUUCGCGAACUUGAGUCUCAGAUAGAAGGCUAUGAAAGGAGACAAGAAUCUGUUCCCGGUCACCUUUCUAAGUUUCAUGAGUCUCUCACUUCCAAGCUGGCGUCCCUUGAGAAGGCGAGCCAACUUAGUAGAUUAAGUCUUCAAAAUCCUGAAAAUGAUAAUCCCGCAAUAAAAUUAUUAGAAAGCCUUUGUACAGGUCUCCAAACAUUUUUAGGUUUCGAUCCUAAUUCCAAAGGCUACGAUGGCACUGGGAUCGUGUACUCGGACCUUGACAGGCUCUGCGACGGGGCGAUGGCGUUCUUGCACGGGGUGCUUAAAGAUGUCCACACCAAACAGCCUUACAAAGUAGGAAAAGAGAAGCUUUUUACUGAAGUUGUAAGUGUUCUUGAGAAGAAACUAUGUUCAGGUCAUAAGGGUUUUCAAGGUGUCAUAACUGAGGUGGCCGAUGGUGUCGGGAGGUACAAUGAUGCGGUGCAGCGUUCGAAUAAUGAACUUAAGAGCAAAAUCCAAGAGUUGUUAACGUAUGUCAGAGACAAAAAAGGGCUGUCCAAAAGUUUAGAUGAUAUAAAGUUAAAGCAUAUCACUGACACUCAGGUUCAAGCAGCGAAGGCCUUGGCAGAGGAGUGUGAAAAAAAAGUCAAGGACUUUAAGAACGCUUUUAACAAUAAAAUAACGGAGAAUAGAGUAUCUAAAUAUGUGCCUAAACAAGAAUAUACAGACUUAAAUUCUGAUUUACGUGAUAAAAUCGACAAUGCCAGAAAAAAUAUUUCCCAAGAAGCUACGAGGCUUAAGACUCUGUCAGAUAAGGAGCGGAGGGAUUUGGAGGAGAUGCUUGCGAAAAUCAAUGAAACGUUGAAUGCGCUAAAAAACAGUAUAAUUAAGAAAAUUAAUGAGGAUGUUGGAGAACUCGUAACAUCGUUGAAGAACUUGGUAAACAAUAUUAAAGUGAAGCUUGACGGUAUUAAUAAGAGUCUGGUAGGGUACGUCCAGUCGCUGAAAAAAUGGAUUGAGGAGGCGGAUGAACAUCUGGACGGUUCAAUGAAGAAAGUGAAGGAAAUUGAGAAAAAGAAUCUCGCGUGGGAUAAGCAGGACAAAAUUAAGGAUGCGGGAGAAAAGUUGACGGCGUGGAGUGAAUGGCUUGAGAAAUAUAUUCCGCAGCUUAACUCAGCGGUCAGUGGAAUUAAUGCGAAGGUUAAGGAGCUUGGUAGGCAGUUUCCUGAGCUCUUGGAGCCUAAUAAAAAUAUUAAGGGGGUUUUCGAGCAUAUUAAACAGCAGGUUAUAGGUAUUCAAGCCGAGGUUGGAACGGAAACCGGAGGCCCAGGUAGUAUACAUGAGAAUUGGCAGAGCCUAAAGGGUACAAUAAAUGGGCUUGUAGGUCAGAUUGUUGGUGAUGAGAAACCAACUCGUGAUGGAUCCCAAAAUGAUAAAGGUUUAAAGCAGAUAGUUGCCGGCAUAAUUGCUUACGCCAAGGGAUUCAGAGAAGAUGCUUUUAAGACUACGGUCCAGGAGUGGGUGAAAGAUAUUGUUACAGCCAAAGAGACAAUUGUUAGCAACAGAAUUGGUUCGUAUGUUACAGUCAACAAAGGCAGGGGUACGCUGACUGACAAUGAUUUUUCGCUUAGGGUUAAGAACGUUGAGGAAGCCAUUAACAAGAACCUCCCAGAGCGCAUUAACACGGAGAUAAUGUUGGCUGCCAACGCAAUCGGACUUCAAGGUGCAGGGGUGGGUGACAUUGGUAGAAAGUUCCAAGAUUUCGCCGCAAGGAUUGAAAUGGAACUUCCAAAAGAGGGUAAUUCAUCAAUUGGUGUGGCAGUCCAGGCAAUUGGGGAGCAGCUAGGGAUAACACAGGCUAAAUCGCUAACGCCAGCUUCCGCAGAUCCUCAACUCAAGGCCAUCAUUAAACCCAUUCUCAAAUCUAUAGUAAACAACUUCAAACAAGUCGCCAAAGAACUUGAACGAUUUGUCCAAAAUUCGCAGAUCGCAAAUAUGAUGCAGAUCAUAACAAAUGUCGAGCAAAUCAGCAAACAAUUAAACGGCGUUAAAGAUAACGAUGUACCAGAAGACUACGGCAAAAAUAUUGAUGACGUAUUGGGAAGGGUGCAACUCAAAAUCCAGACGCUCCACUCCCACCUCAGCACCGCGACUGGACAACCUGGACCCGGCUCAUCCGGCACGGUGGAAAAUCACGCCGACGAAGUUGAUAAGGCAAUCGAAAAUGCCAAAAUCCAAGCCGAAUUACUAAAAUCCGAUAAAGCAACGGAACUCAUCCAAUGGUCCACCGACGUCACGUCCAAUCUCGAAGCGCUCAAAAUGGCGAUGGCAGAGGCCGCCCAAAAAAUCAACCAGCAAUUGACGGAGCUUAAGGAAAAGAAGAUUGGCAAAACUACUGGUGACAGAAAAGAUCAGAACAACACUCUACAAAAAGUUCACGACGACAUCUAUGAGUUGCUAACCGGUGAAUUGACUACUGUCACCUUGUGGGCCAAGGACUUUGUUGAAAAACAUGCCGAAGCAUACAGAAAGACAUGCGUUGGAACCCUCACGCAGCACGUUAACGAUCAAGUCAAAAUUGCGACUGACACGCUCACCACGCAGGCUAGAAAGCAGUACGUCACGUCGGUCAAAGAUUUAGUGACAGCAUUCGGCAGCAGGGUUGAAACAGAGUUAAGUCCUCUGCUAGAAGAGUUUGACACUGACCUGAAAAAGGGUUUCAAGGGGCUUAUGAAUAAGAUCGGAACUAUAUUCAUUGAAAAAAUUAAAGAAAACAAACAAAUUCUGACAUAUGAUUCCGCCUUCGAACUUCCGCGAGAUUCUCGACUGAGGCGUGCGGUAACGUGUCUUUACGCGGGUUUCGAAAAUUUUAUCCACGCUCUCUGUGAGCAAAACGACGUAAACUUCGAGAAGGCUGCAAUCGAUAAGGUUUCCGAAAGUUUAAAAACCUUGCUGCAACAGAUCAGCGAUGCGCAGCAUUUUGGUCACCUUACUACUUCUAAUCUUACUGACUUCAAGAAUACUCUCGGUGUCUUAUAUCCUGGGAAUGUAAAUAAUUCUCCUACUAACGUCUUCACAACUUUGAAGCAUGGAUUUGCGAAGUUCAUCGACGAGCUUAAGAAGCAGUAUGUAAACGUUUAUGACGGCGCAAAAAUAAAUUGGGGUGACGAACAAAAUCCUGACAAGGAAAAAUGCGCCAAAGUGUGCUUAACCCUUUUACCCUCAUUAUAUGGCGACUUGACAAAGUUGAAGAAAGAAUGUGGAUUAAAUCCGAAGAAUAAGAUAUGCCUGGUUUCUGGCCUCAACACGCCUAAUUCUGUUGGCAAUUUCCUUCAGCACUGCGGUUAUGAGGUGGCGGGGAAGGAGACAUCCAAGGAAGGUGAAUUGAGAUGCCAUGACAAUAUGAAUGGUGAAAUGAUUGUCAAAAGACUUCAGGAAAUUAAACAUAGCAGCAAUAUUGUCAGUCCUCACCUCAAAGCCUGUGAAUCGAAUGGUACGGAUGUAAAAACUCAGAAAAAAAGUAAGGACUUUGAUGUUUUCGAUAUCCUCCAAUGUAUUCGCCAUCACUUUAAUAAAUUCUUUGAACUUGGUCACCUACUCAAGUCAUCAUCCAAGAAGCACCCGUGUUCCGUUUACGAAAUGUGCAUUUGGCUGGCCGGUCUGCAUUAUAACUCUGCGUACAAAGCUCUGUUGGGAGAGGUCAUUGGAAAACUCGAUGAUCAAGUUAAACAGAAAACGGAGACACAAGGUGACAUAGAUAUAACACUAGUUAAUCGCCAAUCCUUAUACCUGAAUGCAUAUCCAACUAAUAUAACGUACGACGAUAUUGAAAAGGCAAUCAACGACAUUUGCUCAAAAUCCUACAAACUCCUCACUUGUGUUGCUGGCACAGGCGACGCCGAGUGCAUCUACGCCUGCGACUACUACAACAACUCCAUGAAAUUCUACUAUCCAUCUUCCGGGGAAGACUGUCUGGACACAUUGCUUGAUAUACUUCGCAGACUAUUCCCGCCACUUAAGUUCUUGUAUAGCCAGUGCAGAUACCCGGCUAGCAUUCAUGGUUGGUCACAGUGCCAUUACGGCAAGCACAUUGCUACCGCCAAGUGGCCAUGUAGAGACCACUCAAUCGACAAACCAAAUGACCAAUCAAACACCAAACCAAUUUGUCAACCAACAUCGCCCCUUCAUUCAUACCUAAAUGACUGUCUAACGGGCUUCCUGCCGCACGGGUUGGAGGCAAUUGGAUGCAAAGCCGAAUGUACCACGUGCUCACCAAGUUCACGUCACCUGCCCUGCUUGACACCCUUAGGGUUUAAACGUUUCUCCGGUGGUACGAAAACAGGUGAAGAUUUGUUUAAUAUGCUGGAGGUAUUUUUUGAUUACACCAUUUUACCAUACCUUUUCUGCCUUAUACCCAAACCGCCAUCCACAUUGGCCGAACACUUCAAUUUCGCCAUAUGUUUAGUUCGGGGGCUAGUUGACGCCAAUCUCAAAAAGAGCAACAACAUUAAACAGGCCAUUGAGUCAUCAAUCAAAGAUGUAUCUAUCAGCCUAUGUAAGACACCGGACAACCUGACGGAUGCUCUCAGUAACGCAUAUGGUGUCAAUCAGACCAGUCACGCCGCAGACAAUCACACGGCUUCCUACGCGGAUUUGUCUGGCCUGUCAAUGACGGCGUGCCGUGUAGAUAGCUCAGAUAUGCACUGCGCUCCCUACCUUUCAUCGCUCUCCUGCGACACCUACACUUUCUUCGCCAUGAAGCAUUCAAAAUCAUACCUGUCGUGGGCCCUUUACAUUCCUUGGAAUCUUCAUAGAUACCUUGAAAAUUUACUCAAGGCGUUCACAGAUAUUUCUUGCGCAGAUUGGGGAUGUCCUACGUGUUUGCAUGGCGAUAAGUGCAAAAAGGGAGAGCAUGGCAAAUCGGCAACUUCAUGUCAGUGCCCAUCCAUUAUCACCUUUUAUGUACACCCUGCUCUUCCUCUGGUCGCUGUCGCUCCUGUACCUGCUGCACAUCCUCCUCGUCCGCCUCGACGUCCUGAGGAUACGCUCCCACCUGAGAUCACCCUCAUCGCACCGCAUCGCCGCACAGUCCCUCCUCGCCGCCGCACGCGUCAAGGCACUUCGGAAGCUAAGAUACUUCUCACCGUGAUCACGUCACCCACCGCCUAG